CUUUCAUCUGUUCACCUGCCAGUCAGCUAUGGAUAGAUGAUCGUCAGUGAUGGAGGCCCCCACCCCCAGUGCAGUGCACCUGAGUGACUGGCAGGAAAGUUACUUUGCUGUCACCUCUGGCACCUGCACGCCCGGGCAGAAGGCAGAUGGAUACCGUGCCAAGAUCCUGCGUAUUCAGUAUGCAUGGGCAAACUCCGAGAUCUCCCAGGUCUGUGCUGCCAACCUGUUUAAGAAGUAUGCAGAGAAAUACUCUGCCAUUAUUGACUCUGGCAACGCAGAGACUGGCUUGAAUAACUAUGCAGAAAACAUUUUGACUUUGGCAAAAUGUCAGCAAAGUGACAGUGACAAGUGGCAGUCUGCCUUGACAACAGAAAACGUGUUUGAAUUAAAGUGUGUGCGAGAGAGGAUGCAGGCUGGCAAAAUUUUCCAGAGCUCUCAGAUGGCACUGGCAGAUGCCCAUGUACAAGCUGAUAAGGGGGUCAGUGCCUCUGCUGCUCCAGCUCUUCCUAAACUCGAUGUCUUCAGUAGUACCAGGGAGACUGAGCUCAGUGCUGGCUCAGCAAAAUGUGCAAGUCAGGGACCAGAUCUUCUUGGGCAUCCCUCAUCUUCCAAGUCCCUUCAAAGCAGUGUGCCUCCUGUGACCAGAACUUCAGACACACUUCCUGCUGCUUCAGCCUCCUUAAGCAAACAGAUUAAUCCCUGUUUCCAGGCAACUCCGCUCUUUGGAAGUAAAGAUGCCACUAAUAGUAGUUCUCUGAAAAUGUCAGGUAACUGUUGUGAUGGGCAAAAUUUGUCUCUUUUCAACCAGUCAGCUGUAUCUGCCUGGCCUGCAAAUUCUGGGAAAAGAAAAGCAUUCUAUGGUCUGGCUGAUGAAGGCAGCACAGCUGUUCCUAGCCUUGCUCCAUGUCAGGCUUCCAUUUCUACAGAAACUAAUGGUUUUUCAGGGCAAAGAAACAGAAUUGAAGAGAGCAGUGCUCCUGGGUUUAAAACUGCAAAGGAACAGCUGUGGAUGGAUCAGCAAAAGAAAUCUCAAAACCAGCGUGCACCAGUCUCAUCAUAUGGAGGUGUAAAAAAAUCCCUGGGUGCAGGCAGGUCUCGGGGUCCGUUCGGCAAGUUCGUGCCUCCAGUUCCGAGACAAGAUGGAAGUGAAAAUGGAGGAGCACAGUGUAAACCUCAUGUUGGGGAAUCAACAGACCCAUUGCUCCCUGUGGAUGAACGGCUGAAAAACAUAGAACCAAAAAUGGUUGAACUCAUCAUGCACGAGAUCAUGGACCACGGGCCUCCGGUCGGCUGGGAUGACAUUGCUGGAGUUGAGUUUGCCAAAGCUACUAUAAAAGAAAUAGUGGUGUGGCCCAUGCUGAGACCAGACAUCUUCACCGGCUUGCGCGGUCCUCCGAAAGGAAUUCUUCUCUUUGGGCCCCCUGGGACUGGCAAGACCCUCAUAGGCAAGUGCAUCGCCUGCCAGUCUGGAGCAACUUUUUUUAGCAUCAGUGCCUCGUCUCUGACUUCCAAAUGGGUGGGAGAGGGGGAGAAGAUGGUGCGUGCGCUGUUCGCUGUGGCGCGGUGUCAGCAGCCAGCGGUGAUUUUCAUCGAUGAGAUCGAUUCCCUGCUAUCCCAGCGUGGAGAGGGGGAGCACGAGUCAUCCAGGAGAAUAAAAACGGAAUUUCUGGUGCAGCUAGAUGGGGCGACAACCUCCUCUGAAGAUCGUAUCCUAGUGGUUGGAGCAACAAAUCGACCCCAGGAAAUUGAUGAAGCUGCCCGAAGGAGGCUGGUGAAGAGACUGUACAUCCCUCUCCCAGAAGCCUCCGCCAGGAAGCAGAUUGUCACCCGGCUGAUGGCAAAGGAGCACUGCUCUCUAAGUGAAGAGGAAAUCAAGCUCAUAGUGCAGAAAUCCGAUGGGUUUUCCGGGGCAGACAUGACACAACUCUGUCGGGAAGCUUCUCUGGGCCCUAUCCGCAGUCUGCAGUCCGUGGACAUUGCGACCAUCACUCCGGAGCAGGUGCGGCCCAUCUCUUUCCUGGACUUUGAGAGUGCCCUGAGAACGGUGCGGCCCAGCGUGUCCCCCAGGGACCUGGAGCUCUAUGAAACCUGGAACCAGACGUUUGGCUGCAGCAGGUGAGCUGCAUCACAGCUGUUGCACAGGAACAGUUCAGCACUGCCACGUAUUAAACCUGUGGCAAUUUAGUACAUCUGCACUUCGUUUUGUUUUUGUCCUGGAAUUAAACCUCCUUAUGUUAUGCAGGCACAUGUCCAGGCUCUGGCUGAAGCUUUGCCAGCUGAAAAGACUGUGAGGAACUGCUGGUCAUGAUAGAAGAAAUUGCUGAGCAGCAGUGGCAUUGAGAGGCUGACAGAGUUUACAGAUUGCUGGGAGAGAUGGACACAUUUCAUUGAUGUUUAAGGGGAAGGUUAUCAAACCUCACAAAUAAUUGAAAGGAAUAUUGGGGAAACUGUGCA